AUGCAUGAUGCUAGGUUACAGAGCAGCUUCCAUGCCAGAGGUCCCACCCGAAUGCUGAUGUGGGCCUUGGAUCACCAGACCGCUGGACUUCUACCACACACUAUAGACCAACGACGGAAGCAUGCUGUAGGCCUCGAAGCACACUGCCACGUGGACCAGGUUGUUGGCUUCAACACAGCAGCACAGAGGGUCUCUCAGAGAGAGCAACGUCUAGAUAUCGCAAGCAGCCAACGUGCACGCCAGCGAAUGAAAGAGCAAAAGGUUUUCACUCCGCCCACUCGAGAAGACACCACAAUAGAGGAUUCUAAAGGCCAUGCAGAAGUGAACCGAAGCUGGCAUGAAGAAUAUCGUGACCUUGUCGCGCGCUUUGCAGCUGGUCAACUCUCCAGAUUCGUUGGAGAUUCACCGGCUCCUUGGACCGACUUAUCGUCCAGGAAGUCUAGGAAGGAAGUAAAGGCAUUCACACCAGAAUUUGAGCGUUUGAAAUACUUCAAACGGAUCAUGCAAGGCCAAAGCAACCUGAUAACAAAGGCAAGGUCUUUCGUAGAGAAGCAAGCUGAGAUCGACGCACUCGAUCUCGAGCGCUACGACCCGUCGAUCACUCCCACGCAAAUGCAAAAUCUCGUCAGUGAAAUCAAGAAACGCUGCGCAAGUCUCAAUGACGGCCUUUGCAAAGCUCCCGUGAAGAUACGAAAUGUCUUCUAUCUGCGCUCCGAUGACUAUUACGCCUUCUACAUGCCCACAGGCCCGCUCAUGAUGUGGGAUCGGCGGAAUUACGAGCCUCUCAAGGCCUCACCAGAUGAGUUUCAUUUGCCAAGAGAGGUAACUUUAUUAGACUUCCAGGCGAAACCGCCAGAUACUCUCCCGCUGACAGAAAAUCAAUCCAUGUACUGGGACAUGAUCACAUCUUGCCUCUAUUCACCCCGUGGCUUUCACAAUCUAAAAUACUUAGAUAGCAUAGCUCCCGGUGCUUACGAAAGCCUCGUCCCUAAAAUAGGCGAGUUCAGGGACGCUCGUGAGGGUGGGAGAUAUGACGUUGAUAUGCUCAGGGUCCGCCUACUGACGCCGAAGAUGCUGUGGCGGCUCGCUCUUGAAUGGGACCACUGGCUUUUCAAGCCCGAUAUAUAUGAGAUGGCAGGAUCAUUUGAGACGCAUGUCGACACAGAAAGAAAAGUUGCAAGUCGGUACAUCAUGCCUGUAUAG